AUGUCCCUCCCCACACGCUUGCACUUCCUCGCCCACAACAUCACACCCACCACCCCCUCUCCCUCCUCCGACACCGAAACCGACUGCGCAAUCUGCAAAGAAGACUACAACACCACCACCGGCCACCCCGCAGUCACCUUCUCCAACACCACAAGCUGCAACCACAUCUUCUGCGAACCCUGCAUCGUUGCGUGGUUGAGCGCCAAGGGGACAAAUACCUGCCCGUUGUGUAGACGCGAACUCUUUGUUUUGGAUGACGGGGAAGGGGAGGUGGAGUAUGAGGGGGAUAGGGAGUUUGAGACUUUUGGGGAGGAAGAUGAGGAUGAUGGGGAUGUGGAGUAUUAUUUUGCGGGGGGAGGGGUGUGGGAUGUUGAGGAAGGUGAGGAUGAGGAUGAGGAAGAUGACGAUGAAUUUCCAUUUGAAGAGGAAGAAGAAUGGGAAGGAGAGGAAGGUGGAGAUGGACUUGAAGACAUCCCACUAUCCUACCUCUACCGCAACUCCCUCCUUCCCCUCCAAACCACCCCCUUGGAGACAACAGCCCUCCUCCAAACAAUCUUUCAUAAAAUCUGGAACCUAUCAUCUACAUACCGCACCGCAGUCACACAAGCGGUCGAGCAAGCGAAGCGGGACGACAAGCCGCUUCCCAAUUGGGACCAUGCCAGUUUCAGCAGGCACCUCCCCACAACAACUACUAUGGUGGCUUCUCUUGUUGAAGCUGUCAGAGCUCAUACGGGCACAGAUCUCUCGGGUUGGAGGGGGUGUUGA